CCGAAUUAUGUGAUCACUAAGGACCCACAACCUUAACUCUUUUUCCUGUUUUUUGUUAUUAUUUUUUCCCCUCAAUUUCAUCAAAAUUUCCCUUUAGGUGUUGGGGAAUCCAACCCAGCCAUGAAUGAAAGGGAAGGCCUUCAGUGACAAUUGGAAUUCAGAAAAACACUUUCCAUUUCCAUGGUUUCGAAUUGAUCAGGAUCAAUUAGACCUGUUUUGCACCGUUUGAGUUUCAGAACCAUGCAUAAUUCAGCAGCGCAAAUGGGUACAGCUUCAGUGAACUGUUGUAUCAACAGCAUUUCUCGAUUCAUUCAUCUAGUUUCCUGCCAAAGAGUGAAACCUGUGCCCCUUCAGAAGAACUGUACUAAUAUGGUUGGGGUGUUGAAGCGUAUGAAACCAGUGCUUGAUGAUGUUGUGGAUUAUAAAAUCCCUUUAGAUGAAAAUCUGUACAGAGAAUGUGAAGAACUGGAUAUGCAGGUAAAUGAAGCUAGGGAGUUUAUGGAAAAAUGGAGCCCAAAGAUGAGCAAGAUUCUCAGUGUUCUUCAAAGUGGGAAAUUGUUGAUCAAGUUACAGAGCGCAUCACUUAAGAUUUGUCACAUAAUUGUUAAAUCCCUAAAGUCACCUGCAUCUGUUUCAAUUUUGUCUAAUCUUCAGCCCUAUAUGCAGGAACUUCAGUGUCUUAAGAAGGAACCAGCAAUGAUCUAUAUAGAAGAAGCACAGAGAAAUCAAAGGGAUAAUAUUGAACCUUGCUAUGAACAUCUAAAGGAAAUUAUAGAGUCACUUGAGUUUACAUCAAACCAGGAGCUCCUGAAUGAAAGUAUUGCUGUGGAAAAGGAAAGUUUGAAUGCUGAAGUCAAUAAAACAAAAGAGGAUAUGGAUGAAAUAAACCAAAUUGUGUAUCUGGUGUGCUACUUACGUGAUUAUGUAAUGAAAAGUAAGAGCUCUAAAGUCAAAAGUGGUGUCUCAAUCUCACCAUACUUUAAAUGCCCUUUAUCACUGGAACUCAUGGUGGAUCCUGUUAUUGUGGCUUCUGGUCAAACAUAUGAUAGGCAAUCCAUCCAAAUGUGGCUUGAUCAUGGGCUUACUGUUUGUCCCAAGACCCAUCAGAGACUAUCCCAUACAAAUCUCAUCCCCAAUUAUACAGUUAAAGCUAUGAUAGCAAAUUGGUGUGAGGAAAAUAAUGUCAAACUUCCCAAUAACUCUAGAAAUAGUAAUUCUGCCCAUAAUUCAUCCCCCUCAGAUUAUUUAUUGCAUCAGGAUUUAGACCGCAUGUGUAGUUUUGGUUCUGUACAUAGUAGCAAUUCCAAUUCAAAAUCAUCUUCUCAGACUGGAAAUACAUUUGAGAAGCAAAAGGGUGAUAGCUCUUUCAGAUUAAGCGAUGAAUCCAGUGGAUGCCGAAGUGAUGAGGCAGAUAAGUUUCAGCAACAAUCCCCUGCACCUUCAAGCAGUUAUAGCAGAAGUGAAUCAUUUUCAAGUUCUAUAUCUAGUACUGAUUAUGUGCUUCCAGUUGCAAAAGUGGUGUCAGGGAGAUCUAGUAAGCAUCAAAAUGUGGAGUUGUCUGGAGAAAUUACUGAUGGCCGUUCUGCUUCUCCUGCAUGUAAAGAAUUAGGGAAUUUCCCUUCGUUACCACGACAGAAAUUUGGAAGCCCUAGAUCAGAAAUUGGAUGGAUGGAGAAUGAAAAUAAGUGUAAUAAGAAUAACAAUAUUAUUAUUACUAGCCAUUCAAAAGAAAAUUCCCAUCCUCUUUCCAGCUUAGGAUCUGAUGAAAUGACCACCACAUCUCAUGUUAAUAAGUUGAUUGAAGACCUCCUCAGUCAAUCGAAUGAAACACAAACAGCUGCUGUAGAAGAAUUGAGGCUCCUUAGCAAGCAUAACAUGGGAAACCGUGUCAUUAUAGGGCAAUGCGGGGCCAUCUUGCAUUUACUUCCACUGCUAUAUUCAGACAUGAAGAUAACACAAGAGCAUGCUGUGACAGCACUUCUGAACUUGUCAAUUAAUGAAGAUAAUAAGGCCUUGAUUAUGGAAGCAGGAGCCGUAGAACCACUUAUCCAUGUUUUGCAGACAGGAAAUGAUAGUGCCAAGGAGAAUUCUGCUGCAGCUCUAUUCAGCCUCUCUGUAGUAAGUAACAAUAAGGAAAAAAUCGGUCGUUCUGGUGCAGUUAAAGCUUUAGUGGAUCUUCUAGCCUCAGGAACUCAUAGGGGGAAGAAGGAUGCUGCUACUGCUUUAUAUAACCUAUCAGUAUUUAAUGAGAAUAAGGCUCGUAUAGUUCAAGCUGGAGCUGUGAAGUUUCUGGUUCUGCUGUUGGACCCUGCUGAUGGGAUGGUUGACAAGGCCGUUGCUCUUUUGGCAAACCUAUCGACAAUUGCAGAGGGUCGAUUACAUAUUGUAAGGGAAGGUGGCAUCCCUUUACUGGUUGAAAUUGUUGAAUCAGGUUCUCAGAGGGGAAAGGAAAAUGCUGCUUGCAUUCUUUUGCAACUAUGCCUUCAUAGUUAUAAGCUUUGUACCCUGGUGCUCCAAGAAGGAGCUGUACCUCCUCUAGUUGCAUUAUCUCAGUCUGGUACACCAAGAGCAAGAGAAAAGGCACAACAGCUUCUCAGUCAUUUUCGGAAUCAGCGUGAAGGAGCUAGGGGGAAGGGAAAAUCAUAAAGAGAGACAUUUUGGUAAUUUUAAGCCUUUAUAUUUCUUAGCUGAGUAAUUCCCUCCUAUAUUUCUGCUAUUGAGGAUUUAUGACUCCUUUUAUUUACUUUUUUUUAAUUCACUCUAUUUGUACCCUUUUAUGUUAUAGUUCGAGUGUUUUUUUUUUCCUUGUGUAGAGCAUUUAUUUUCCCUUAUUUUGUUGGCUGUAAUGGCUUCAUUUCUUUCUAGUGGAGAGGUAUGUUUUUGGGAGCAGGUAAGCUAUGUAUGAAUCUUUAGCUUGGCAUAAUGUAAAUUGCUGUUUUGUUGGGUCCCAAGUCACUCUUGUACAUACUUAUAAUUGUAAAUAUUGUAUAGAAUCUUGUGAUUAUCUAUGAAUUAUUUGUACCUCA